AUGUAUCCCGCCAGGCCCCGUCUGCCGGUGCUGGCCCCUCGCCUGCCGGGCAACUCGCCUCCGGUCGUUGAGAGGCCGAGCGUCAAGGAGCAUACCGAGCAGGAGUGGGACGCCCGGAGGGAUCUCAUCCACGCGCUCUACAUAGGCGACAACCGCAAGUUGAACGAGAUCAUGGCCAUCAUGGAGACCAAAUACGGAUUCGCCGCCACCGAGCAAAUGUACAAGAAGAGAUUCAAGAAGUGGAACAUCAGGAAACGAUCAUACAGGAAAGCGUCUGAUGUGGCCAAAACCUCACCAGCUGCCUCUACUACCGCCUCUCCUUCCACUUCCACUUCAUCUUCAACCGAGGCAGCGCAGCAAGGCGACGACGAAGGUGUGGAGGAAAUCCCAAGGACGGAAUUCUCUACAGCAACAGGCCUCGACUUGGUGCCAAAUCCCCAUUUCAGGCCUCUGGCGGAUCUGGAGCUCGUCUUGAACGGCGUCAUGUCUUGGAGCUCGGGGAAACUGGAAUCGUAUCGCAUAGCCUCCGAUCCCAUGUCCCAGUAUCUCGCUACUCCCAACCAGCCGCCUAUGCAAGAUUCCCGAACCAUGUACCGGACCUUCGAGCUGGUCUUUGAUCUAUGGUCCCAUGGCAAAGGCGACCUUGCCGGCAUGGCGGCCAGGAAAGGCUUUUACGUCAUGGAGUUUGUCCUCACAGAGGAGCACCCCGAUCUACUCUGGCAUAUGCUUGACACGAUCUAUGACAUGAUCGACCGAGGCCACCUGCAGCUGCUCGGCAUGUUCAUACGGCAUGCGCUUGUGCUGGCGCGGAGGCGCUUUCCCGAAAGCUACCCUCUCAUCCGUAUCCUUCAACAGCUCUCAGUGUGCGAUUAUCAGACUGAAAAUGGCCGCCAAUUCAUAUGUUAUCUGUUGCGGCAGGCGUGGUUACGGAAUGUCGAUCUUCUUGCGGACCACAUCAAGAAGUCGGCAUCUCAAGAGUUCUGGCUAUAUGAGCAGCUCAUCUGGGACGGUCGGACGAAAUUACGGCGGAAUAACGGACUCGCCAAUAGACGCGAGCUCAUGUACGAAGGCCUCGAGAACCUGGUUCAACAUGAAGAACAGCCCCUGGAGACUGAUGGCAACUUGGAGAAACUGAGAGCCGACGCCCUUAUAUUGGAGUUUACACAAAUGGACCUGGGUGACAGGGAAAAGGCUGAGCAGAUGGCGCUGGACUUGCUGGAUACCACCCAGUUCAAGCUGGGGGCUCUCUCGACUGCCAGAUUCCAUGCAUACGCUCGCAAGAUGCUGGCACGAAUCUUUGAGAGCAAAGAGGACUGGGAUCAGGUUGAGGAGAAUCUGAAAUCCGCCAUCCACAUGCGAGAGGCAGCGCACGGCACGAGCACCAAUCUGCGGGUCAUCCGCGACAUGUGGGUGCUCGCCGCAUACUAUCAAAAAGUCGGCAAGCUAGAAAACGCGCUGCAGGUCGCCCAAGACGCCAUCACCAGGGCGCAGCAGUAUCUACACGACCUCCCAGGGUGCGAAUAA